AUGCACACCAAAACAAGACAACAGCCACACCAUUGCAAGAAAACAGCCACAACAUUACAAAACAACAGCCACAUCAUUACAAAACAACAGCUACACCAUUACGAGACAACAGCCACGCCAUUACAAGACAACAGCCACACCAUUACGAGACAACAGCUACACCAUUACAAGACAACAGCCACACCAUUACAAGACAACAGCCACAUCGUCACAAGACAACAGCCACAUCAUUACGAGACAACAGCCACACCAUCACAAGACAACAGCCACACCAUUACAAGACAACAGCCACACCAUUACAAGACAACAGCCAAAGCAUCACAAGACCACAACCUUACCAUUACAAGACAACAGCCACACCAUUACGAGACAACAGCCACACCAUUACAAGACAACAGCCACAUCGUCACAAGACAACAGCCACAUCAUUACGAGACAACAGCCACACCUUUACAAGACAACAGCCACACCAUUACAAGACAACAGCCACACAAUUACGAGAUAACAGCCACACCAUUACGAGAUAACAGCCACAGCAUCACAAUACAACAGCCACACCAUAACAAGACAACAGCCACACCAUUACAAGAUAACAGCCACACCAGUACAAGACAACAGCCACACCAUUACGAGAUAACAGCCACAGCAUCACAAGACAACAGCCACACCAUUAUGAGACAACAGCCACAGCAUCACAAGACAACAUCCACAUCAUUACGAGACAACAGCCACACCAUUACAAGACAACAGCCACACCAUUACAAGACAACAGCCACACCAUUACGAGACAACAGCCACACCAUUACAAGACAACAGCCACACCAUUUCGAGACAACAGCCACACCAUUACGAGACAACAGCCACACCAUCACAAGACAACAGCCACACCAUAACAAGACAACAGCCACACCAUCAUAA